UGAAGAAAGUCCAGGCUUUCAAAGCAGCUCUGUUUCUCAGAGCAUUGGCUACAUUUUUCUCCUUCACCUCGUCUCGCUUGGAAGUUUGAGAUUUGAGCUCACAGCUCUCUUGACAUUAACUUGUGGGCGGACGACGAGAAGAAGAUAUUCAAGAACAAGCCACUCCGGAGUGAUUUCUGGAGUUUGCACGCAAAGAUGGAGGGUUCUCUAGAGCGCAGUCGUGAUGAUCUAACUAUCGUAGCUCAGGUCAACGUGAAUCUCAUGAAAGUCAGUCUGGCUGGACUGACAAAUCCAGCUCACAUUUCCAUUCAGCUCGUUUCUCAGACCCCAAAUGCCGAUAGCCCAGCUCCAGCUUUUAUUCAAAAGGAGCCAAGUAAAAGUGCCGAGGUGACGCUUGUCAACCCUCCACCAGCAAAUGGAACGGCGAGUCAAGCUGCCAAAUUGGACAAUCAGUUUCCAGUCGUGGUGCCAAGCUUCUUGCUGAGAUUUACGCAGCUCACAGACGAUUUCCAAGUCGGAGCAAUUAUAGUGAGAAACAAUAACAAGGAAGAGUUCUACCUCAAUUCGGUGAAGCUUAAAAGGACAAAGAACAUCCAUGACGUACCCAAAGAUUCAGACGACUGGGACUGGGUGUUCGAGUGUGACAGUCAAGUUCACCCCACAGUCGACCCCCAGAAGGACUUCCGGGUGUUCUUUCCUGAUAGGGCGGUAUAUUUCCCUGGGACCCUCACGAAGCUGAAAGAGCACGAGCUCGAUCGAAUGCGUGGAGACGUGACACACCUACAAGACGACAUGGUGGUUUACGAUUACGAUGUUUAUAAUGACUUGGGGUUCGAUUUCAAUUUGGGUGGCUCUCAAUUUCCAUACCCUCGUCGCCUCAAGAAGCCUUCACUCUUCGAGCCGAGUUCAGGUGAAAGCACCACUGGACAUGGAAACACCGUGUUCCAGACAUUCAUCCACACAGCUAUUGAAAAAGUCACAGAUGCAAAUUUCGUGGGAUCGAAAUUGGUAGAUCCCAAGAAGACAUUCAGCAGCAUCCUCGAGGUUGCUGCAAUGGAUAAUCGGUUUGUACAUCAGACGGAAGCCCUCGGAGUGCUGGACCUUUUACUCGAACUGUUCGAUAUGGCGACAUUCAACAAAAAUCCACGUAUCGUCCUUCUGCAGAAAUUCAUCCACGUGUUAAAGGAAGUCCUGCAAGCGUUUGAUUUCCCGAAGCCGAGAUCUGUCAUAACUUUAGAGCCCAAAGUCGUAAGCACUUGGUCGGACGUUCUGAUGAAUGACGACGAGUUCGGGCGGCAAGCUCUGGCGGGCAUGAACCCGACCGUCAUUCAGCUCUUGAAGACCUUUCCUUCGAGUGAAACCGGAAAGAAGACUACCGACCUUCAGGAUGCUGUUGAGCAGUAUCUGAGCUCAACUGGGGGACUCACAUUGGAGCAGGCGAUCGAAGCCAACAAGCUCUUUAUAAUCGAUUACCACGACGCCUUCAAGGCCUACGUGGGGGAGAUUAACAAAGUCUCCGGUAGAAAGACGUACGCAGGACGUGCUAUCUUUCUCGCGAACGAUCAAGGCAAAUUGAGCCCCGUCGCCAUCGAGCUAUCUCUACCUAAAGAUCGUAGAGACCAGAAUUGCACAUUACACCGUGUUUUCACCCCUGGGGUUGCCCAACAAGAGCUGCAGCCGAGCUCCAAAGGUAAGGGAGGCUCUUCAGAUCCGGCCGAUGAGCCGCUGCUCAACCCUUGGUGGGAGCUCGCCAAGAUCCACUUCAUUUCUCUGGACUUCGCAUACCAUGAGCUCGUCAGUCAUUGGCUGCAGAGUCACGCAGUGAUGGAGCCAAUCAUCAUCGCCACUAAAAGGACCCUGCUCUCCAAAGUACAUCCCAUCGGAAACCUGUUGGAACCCACCUUCAAGAACACGUUGGAUAUCAACUUCGACGCUCGUCAGAUCCUGAUCAACAAGAUCGGCAUAAUCUCCGACAACUUCACCGCUGGAGAAUACAGCAUGAAAAUCAGCUCUGGCGCUUACAAGGCAUGGCGUUUCGACAAGCAAGGAGCUCCGGCAGAUCUAGUCGCAAGAGGAAUGGCAACAAUACCAGAUCCGAACAACAAAGACGACGUUGUGCUGGUGGUCAAGGACUACCCGUACGCGCAGGAUGCUUUGGACAUGUGGAAAGUGAUUAAAGCUUGGGUCAGGGAUUACGUGCAGAUAUUUUACAAAUCGUCGGCCGAUGUGCUCAACGACCCACAGAAUGACGGAGCGCUGCAGAAUUGGUGGACCGAGCUGAGAACGAGGGGUCAUCCCGACAUCAAGGAGGGGUGGCCGGAGCUGGACUCCGUCGACAGCCUCGUAGAAAUUCUCACCACGAUCUUUUGGAUAGCAGGCCCGCAUCACGCUGCAGUGAACUUCGGCCAGUACGAUUACGCCGGCUACGUGAUACAAAGAUCAUCCAUGACCCGUCAACUCAUCCCCGAGUUCAACGUGAAGAAGACCCAAGACGCCUGGAGAUCGUACAUACUAGACACCAUAGCCACUCCCAGGCAGACCUUCCAGGUGAUUGCCAUCCUGAAGGUCUUGUCCACCCACGUUGAAGAGGAGCAGUACCUAGGCGAAGACGAGUGGACAAUUAAUGCCCAUGGAAAGAACAAAGGUCUGAUUCAAGACAUUGGAGAAGGUAUUGAAGAUGUGAUCGAUAGCAUCAAAAAUAUCUUCUGGCAUAAACCCGCCGGGGCUUCGCAGGCGGCUGACGCCGAGAAGGAUUUACAGAAGAAGUUCAAAAAGUUCAGUGACAGCGUUAGUGCACUAGAGAAGACGAUCGAACACCGAAACAAGGCGGCCCGGUCGUUGCCAUGGAGCAACAGAAUCGGCUAUAGCAAGUUGGAAUAUACACUUCUCCUCCCCCAAUCCAAGGCUGGCAUGACGGGCAUGGGGGUUCCAUACAGUACCUCCAUCUAAUGCCCUACCGAUUCCAAAAUCUCCUAGCACCUGAUUAUCGAUCAAGACUGUAGAUGUAACAAUUUUACUGAAGCAUCUACGAUCUAGGACUGCAUGUACUAUCUCCGAGGUUUCCAUCUUCUAUAGAGGGAGAAAUUUUGUACUCACUUCCUUGUUCAUUGAAAUAAAUUCAUCAUAUGCCAAUUCAAUAAAUUCACCAAAUCAAA